AGUGUUUAAAUACAGAUCCCGAAGGUGCCCCCCACACACACAGCUUAAGGACUGAGGUGUGAGCACUUUCCGUGCCGCUGCUCGAGCAGCUGCUGUUCCUGACGGUGCACUGUGAACCCUGUGAUAACUUGCCAGUAGCUUUAUUUGAAUAACCUUCCCCCUAAAGAAGAAAGAAAUGACGGCCUGUGCUGAGUUUUCUUUUCAUGUGCCAAGUCUCCCAGAGCUUGCUGAAGUUAUGCAGAAGGGGCUAAAGGACAACUUUGCUGAAGUCCAGGUCUCUGUCGUUGAUUGUCCUGAUUUGACUAAGGACCCAUUUAACUUCCCUGUAAAAGGCAUCUGUGGGAAAACGAGAAUUGCAGAAGUAGGAGGCGUGCCUUACUUAAUGCCUCUUGUAAACAAAAAGAAAGUUUAUGAUUUGAAUAAGAUUGCAAAAGAAAUCAAGCUGCCUGGAGCUUUUAUUCUUGGAGCAGGGGCAGGCCCAUUUCAGACUCUUGGGUUCAAUUCAGAGGUAAUUGAGGUAAAAGCCAAAAGAAGAACUGGACAGCUGAACUUUGUGACGUGUUUAAGACAGACUCUGGGAAGCCAUUAUGGAAACAAGCCUGUAGGGAUGGGGGGCACUUUCAUAGUUCAGAAGGGAAAAGUAAAGGCUCAUAUUAUGCCCAAAGAAUUUUCUUCUUGUCCAUUGAACUCCGAUGAAGAGGUAAAUAAAUGGCUGCAUUUUUACGAGAUGAAGGCUCCUUUGGUUUGCCUACCAGUUUUUGUCUCCAGAGACCCAGGCUUCGAUUUGCGACUGGAGCACACUCACUUUUUUAGUCAUCAUGGAGAAGGUGGACACUACCAUUACGACACUACUCCAGAUAUGGUGGAGUAUCUUGGAUACUUUUCACCUGCAGAGUUUCUCUAUCGCAUUGACCAACCAAAAGAGACCCAUGGCUUUGGGAGAGAUUAAAUCAGCAGAUGCUUCCUUAGAAAAAAAAUAUGGUUUAGAGGGGCUGGUGAGAUAGCGCAGUGGUCUGAAGCACCUGCU